AUGGCUGUAAGAAGAGGAUGGGAGGAUGCCGUGGACCAGUCGAGAACGAGGGCGUGGAACACGGUGAGGGAGAACUGGCACCUCGGGUUCACGUCCUUCGGGGGCCCACCCGUGCACUUCAAGAUUUUCCACGAUAAGUUUACGACUAAACUUGAGUGGAUUGAUGAGCAGGUGUAUCAGGAGCUAUUCAGCGUGUGCCAAGCCCUCUCGGGUCCGGGGAGCACGAAGAUGCAUUACUGUAUCAACCUUAUCCACGAUGGUUUCCCGUCCGCCAUCCUGGGCUUCCUUAUCUGGAGCCUCCCCGGCGCUCUGGGUAUGUACGGCCUCUCCGUCGGCGUAUCCAACAUUUCCGAGACGCUACCCCGGGCAGUCUACGCGCUGCUCUCAGGACUCAACGCAGCGACAGUGGGCAUUAUCGUGCUAGCGGCCGUAGAGCUAUCACGCAAGGCCAUCACGGACAAGAUAACGCGGGUCCUGGUGUUUUUGGCUGGCGCGGCGGGGAUGCUGUAUAACGCGCUGUGGUACUUCCCUCUGCUGAUGCUGCUGGCAGGGUUGGCGGCAGUGGUGCACGAUUAUCGGUGGGUGCAUAGACCUGUCAAGGCGGUGGUGGCUUUCUUCAAGAAGAAGAGGGAGGUGAGGGCGGAAGAAGGGGUUGACAUGGUUGAGUGUGGGGUGCAGGGUGUUGAGGCUCGGCCGCCGAGCCAAGCGCCCAGGGGCUCGAGAGAUGACCAGGGAUCGCCGACGCCGCCUCCCGAGACGCAGGACGACGAUCGCAGCGCGUCAGUCGCAGACGAGCCACGCUUUAUUCCCCCCGAGCGCCGCCUCAGCAUAUCGUGGAAGCUCGGCCUAGGCGUUAUCCUGGCCUUUCUCGCCAGCUUUAUCGUCGUUAUGGUGCUGCGGGGGGUACUGCCUCAGAAGCCGCUGCUAUAUCGCCUAUUCGCCAAUAUGUACCUUGCGGGAACUAUUAUCUUUGGUGGCGGGCCUGUCGUUAUUCCGCUGCUGCGUGAGUACGUCGUUGCGGAGGGGUGGGUAAGCACGAGAGACUUCCUUAUCGGGCUGGCUAUUAUUCAGGCUUUCCCUGGGCCCAACUUUAACUUUGCCGUCUACCUGGGCAGCCUAACGGCCUCUAAAGCCGGGCUGAGCAGCGUAGCCGGCGCGCUGCUGGGGUACCUGGGUAUUUUCCUACCCGGGAUGUGGCUCGUACACGGGACGAUGGGGAUCUGGAGUGCGGUGAGGGGCCUGCGGUGGGUGAAGUCGAUGCUGAGGGGUGUUAACGCUGGCGCUGUUGGCCUGAUCUACACGGCUGUAUACCGCCUGUGGCAGAUUGGGUAUAUUGACGAGGGGUACCGGAACGGGACGAGCCUGGCGGUUGAGCCGUGGUGGGUGGUGGUGACGGCAACAAGCUACGUCGGCGGGAUGUGGUUUGGCGUGAAGCCGGCUGUGGCGAUUAUCAUGGGUGCAGUGAUGGGGCUGAUCUGGUACGGGGUUGUAACGACUUAA